CAGUGUUGUAUAAAGGCUCUAGGUUCAGACGGACCUCCAUCAUCGAACCAUGGCAUUCCUCUGGAUCCUCUCCUGCCUCGCCUUUAUCGGCGCCGCCUACGGCUGCGGCUCUCCCGCCAUCUCCCCCGUCAUCACGGGUUACUCUCGCAUCGUGAACGGAGAGGAGGCUCUCCCCCACUCCUGGCCCUGGCAGGUGUCCCUGCAGGAUUACACCGGCUUCCACUUCUGUGGCGGCUCUCUGGUCAACGAGAACUGGGUGGUGACCGCCGCCCACUGCAACGUCAAGACGUCCCACCGUGUGGUCCUCGGAGAGCACGACCGCUCUUCUAACGCUGAAGACAUCCAGGUGAUGAAGGUCAGCCAGGUGUUCAAGCACCCCCGCUACAACGGCUUCACCAUCAACAACGACAUCCUGCUCGUCAAGCUGGCCUCCCCCGCCCAGAUGAACAUGCGCGUCUCCCCCGUCUGCGUCGCUGAGACCGGAGACGUCUUCCCCGGAGGCAUGAAGUGUGUGACCAGCGGCUGGGGGCUGACCCGUUACAACGCUGCUGACACCCCUGCCCUGCUACAGCAGGCUGCCCUCCCCCUGCUCACCAACGAUGAUUGCCGUCGCUUCUGGGGAAGCAAGAUCAGCGAGCUGAUGAUCUGCGCUGGAGCCUCCGGAGCCUCGUCCUGCAUGGGAGACUCUGGUGGUCCUCUGGUCUGUGAGAAAGCGGGAGCCUGGACUCUGGUUGGCAUUGUGUCCUGGGGCAGCGGUACCUGCACCCCCACAAUGCCCGGUGUUUACGCCCGUGUUACGGAGCUGCGCAGCUGGAUGGACCAGACUAUCGCUGCCAACUAAAGCUGUCAGAACCUCAAUAAAACCUUCUACAACA